AUGUCUUCUGCUCAGUUGAAACAACGACAUCAGGAAGAUUACGGUUUCCAUCUCGAGUACAGAACACGAUGGUCGGACAAUGACAUGUAUGAUCAUAUGAACAAUAGCGUGUAUUCCUUUCUAUUCGACUCCAUCAUCAAUUCCUACCUGAUUGAGCAUUGUGGCCUUCGUCCUCCUACGUCCCCCCAGAUUGGUCUCGUUGUCCAUUCAACUUCCGACUAUUUCGGGUCAGUGGGAUUCCCCUCAAUCGUGGAUCUGGGCUUGCGUGUCAACAAGCUGGGAAAGUCAAGUGUCACAUAUGAAGUUGGAGUCUUCGAGCGCGGGAAGGACGAUGUGAGGGCUGUAGGUGGAUACACCCACGUCUUUGUCGAGAGGGAAACAAACAGGCCUGCUGCUAGUGGAAUGUCGGAAGAGAUUAGGAGGGGUUUAGAAAAAGUUCUAGUAGAUGUGCAGCCUAAACUGUGA